AUGUCGGUGACGAGCCCUUCGGACCCGGAGAGCAGCGCGUGCCAGCACCGGGAGCAUGUGCACGUCUGCGUGCAUGAGCGUGCCCUCCCUGGCCGCGGUCCCCAACAGGGGGGGACACCAGCCAUGUCGGUGACGAGCCCUUCGGACCCGGAGAGCAGCGUGGGCAGCAGCCCCGGCCCGCGCAGCCACCGGGCCACCGAGAAGGAGGACACGGAGGCCGAGGAGGAGAAGAUCUGCGCCGUGUGCGGGGACAGGGCCACCGGCUACCACUUCCAUGUCAUGACGUGCGAGGGCUGCAAGGGCUUCUUCAGGCGCUCCAUCAACAAGGGCGUCCGCUUCACGUGCCCCUUCACGCGGAGCUGCCCCAUCACCAAGGCCAAGCGCAGGCAGUGCCAGGCCUGCCGCCUGCAGAAGUGCCUCGACGUGGGCAUGAGGAGGGACAGGGAGUGCGGCCGGCCCCGGUUUCUCUACCCGAAGCUGCUGCUGAUGCUGACGGGGCUGCAGACGCUCAAGAUGCAGAACAUGAAGCAGAUCCUGCACAUCCAGGACCUGACCUCCAUGACGCCGCUGCUCUCCGAAAUCAUCAGCUAGAGCC